CUCCCGCUGCUUUUGGCCACCUCGUUCGGUUCUCGGGCCAGCGCCAGACCCAACCUGAGACUGGGAGGGAGGAUCCUGGUAGGCGGGCUUGGAACGGACGGACUGUAGCUUCUUGCCUAACCGGGGCUGCCACGUGCUCAGCCGUGUUCAGCCCCCCGGCUCGCUCCCUCCCUCCCUCCCCCCCAACAACCCCGCUCCCUCCUAAACUGCUUACAUUCUGCAUUUAGAAGAUCUCUAAUUAUGGCACCGUCAGGAAGAAAAUCUGCAGGGAAAGGUGCCAAACCAGCACAAGAUGAUCCAAUUCUACAUGCCUAUGGCUAUGAAGAUGAUCUGAAAAAACAUUUAGGAGUUUCUGAUGAGGAUACCAGAGAAGAUGAAAUUCCAGUUAUGGAUAAGCAUGGGAAAAAAAGACCUUCAGUGACUCCUCUUGUUGUAGCUGAAGAUGAUGUUGGGGGAGAAGUACAGAAUAUGCUGGAACGAUUUGGAGCGGAUAUUAACAAAGCUCUUCUGGCUAAAAGGAAAAGAUUAGAAAUGUAUACUAAAGCCUCUCUCAAAACAAGUAACCAGAAAAUAGAACUUGUUUGGAAAACACAACAAGAACAAAGGCAGAAGCUCAACAAUGAGUAUUCCCAGCAGUUCCUACAAGUAUUUCAACAAUGGGAUGCUGAUAUACAUAAAGCAGAGGAGCAGGAAGAAAAACUAGCAAAUGUGUUUCGGCAACAGCAAAAGGUUUUCCAACAAGCAAGAAUAGUUCAGAGUCAGAGACUGAAAGCCAUUAAGCAGCUGUAUGAGCAGUUUUUAAAGGGUAUGGAAGACAUGGAGAAGACGCAUGAAAACCUUUUAGCAGGUGCACAAAGUGAACUUCGUAAAGAAAUGGCUAUGUUGCAAAAGAAAAUUAUGAUGGACACUCAACAGCAAGAGAUGGCAACCGUUCGCAAGUCUCUUCAGUCCAUGUUAUUCUGAUGGCUCAGUGGAGAAACAACUUGUACCUAAGUAACAUGAUACAAUUAUAUACAUUAGCCAUGGUGAAACAAAGCCAAUGUUUUCAACCCCACACUAACAUACUGUAUAUUGUUCAAAUACUCUAUGUUCAGCAACAGUGAUAAUGAAUCAACAGGCCGCUGCUCCAUAGCAACAGAAGAAAUUGUUAAUUGGAUUUUUUUCCUGUCUUAAGAGUACUGUUAAUGCUGCUUUAAUGUCAGUAUAUCUUUCCCUAUUCUCCUUCACCUCAAAAUUAGGAAUUAUGUUCGAGGGCUAAGACAUUACUUUGAAAAUCCAAGACAUCUAUAGAUUGUUGGCCAGUUAAGUGCAAAGUGGUGUAUCAUAUCAAUAAGUGACAGAAUUCCUCUAAGAAAAUGGAAGAUUCUAGGACACAUUGGAUGGGUUCAGACAACAUGUCUGCCAGGAUCACACACUCCCUGGGAGCUCCUGGUUCCCACACGAUCUUUGUUGGCAGAUUGUGUGAACCCACCCAGUGAAAAAUUGUGUGCUUCCAGCAGCACUUUGACAAGUUUUGGGAGCUUAAAUGUAAAGGGUGGGAGGAGAAUCAUAUUUGUACCCUUAACCAGGUAACAUAGCUUAAUUUGAGAGUUGAAGGAUGAUGCAUGAUUUCUUUAGUUCCAAGAUUAAAUGUACAUUUUGCUGUCA